CACCUUGACAACUUGUUUCCAGCCAAUAUUUUCAAUCUCUAGAUUCCCGUGUUCUCCACCUCACGGAGAAUGCCAUCCAAAGAUCAACACCCAUUUGCGUUAGUUGAUGUUAUAGAUCGGCUUGUACUACAGUACAGCAGCACCGCAACGCACCAAUGCUUGCUAAUUCAAAUUCGAUUCAGACCCUUAUUUCUCAGAUUACUGCGGAGAUUAAGUCUGUCAUAUCAUCUGUCAUAUUCACAAACACGGUUGUUUAGUGUCACCAUCGGACUCGGGGCCGCAUUGCUAUAUAACAAAGAUAUGUUUGGUUCAGAGAGUGGCCCAUGAUUCAAAGAAGUAAUUGACACCACAUGGCCAAAGGGCAAACCUUCCGCGUGUAGGAGCCCGACAAGGGUUCCUUGCGCGGGUGUCCGCAUACACCAAGUGCACCCCUUUCUACACGGUGGAAGCUGCAUGAUAUUUGAACCAACAUGGCAAUGCCAUUAUUUGGCGGAUAUCAUGGCUGGAAAGCGCGGCUAAUAUUUAAAUCUCAAUCGUUCAUCUGGAAAUAUUCUGGCUCGCAUGGAGGAAUUAACGUUGCAAUAGCUGGCACAUCUAUUGGCUACAACCAUGACCUUGUGAAUUUGGUAUUACCAAGUCUCAUCGACGAUGACACCCGUACAUUUUCAGAUUUUCAGUCCAGUGGCCAGGAUCAACAACUACCUGGUGUUAGUGACAGAUCAAGGUGUUUUCCGAAGUUCCGAUCUCUAUAGGUCUGUUACACGAUGUAGUAUAGCCCCCAUUCUGUCGAGUUUUGAUUCUUGCGGAUCUCUACCAGUUUGUUCUGCAAACUAUUACUGAUCUUGUGAUAUAUGCAUGAGCGCAAUUGCCUACGCAACCUUCACCUUUUACAUCGCCGCUCAUGCUAGGGGAAAGAUAGAGAAGAUCCGAAGCUCUCCUAGUGAUAUCAUGGCAAGUAGAUGAGAAUGAGAUGCCAAGAGAUAGUAAUGCAUUUUCUUGAUUUCCCUAAGUCAAACGGACGGUGAACUAAUCUGGAAACCAGUGGAUCAUUCUUCAGAUUAUACAAUUAGGGAAAAGAGAGAAAGAUGCCAAAUACUUCAGUAGCUAGCCAUAGCAUGAGCUAAGACUAAAACCAAUGUUUACGGGAAAAUCCAUGAACAUGCUAUCAAGUAAGGAAAUUUAUGCUUUGGUGAACGGUCUUGCAUUUGUGAUUCGGCCUGCCAAUUCAAAAAGGCACUCCUCUGCUUCUGCCACGGAUAAAAGCCGCAAGGUGGACACAAAAAGUAUUCGCAGAUAUUUAGAAAAAGACGGUUCCAGUACCGGCGGAUUAAGAGCCGGAUGGUCGUACUGCAUCGACUCUGUUUACGGUAGGGUAGGACAGGAAGUCAUUUUGUGUAACAUAUUUUCUUCUGAGCUCGCGCGCGGCAUUUAUUAGAUUGAUUGCCUACUUUCAAGGACUGUAAGCCAAGAAAGCCAUGGCGCCU